AUGACAGAUGAUAAUGCUCGCCAAGAAGAAAUCAGACGGUUCCAAGCGAAACGGCGACGAAUUGAACAAUCCGAUUCGGAAAAUGAGUUUGAUAUGGGUGAAGAGUCCGAUUCAGGAAGUAGAGACUCAGAUAAGAAUGUGUAUGUGCCAGUGAAAGAGCGACGAAAGCAGCAGUUACAGCGAGUCUUAGGUGGUGCUAAUGCUAAUCAUGGAAAUGUUGAUGGCAGAGCUGGUCGUUUGCCAUCUGAUGAUACACAAGCACAAUCGACGCAAGAAGAGAUUACGGUUGGACCUCAAGCCAAUUUCACCCUACUUGAUCAAAUGAGUGAAAUCAAAAAGAAUCAAGCCGCCACGGACCAGAAUAGCGCUGAUAAGAUGCUCGAAGAAGAAGAACGAAUUCUUCAAAAUGUGAUCGAAACAAGAGCUCUGAUGAGUGUGUCUGAAUUGGCCAAAGGUGUUGAAUAUACUGAUCCAAUUCGCACAAGUUGGCGACCACCAAAAGCUGUUCUUCGAAUGCCAGAUGAUCGCCAUCAACGUAUUCGUCAAAUAUAUAAUAUACUUGUCGACGGCGAAGAUAUUCCUCCACCAUUAUGUAAAUUUGAAGAUAUGAAAUUACCGGUCGGCGUUUUGAAUGCAUUGAAAGAGAAAAAGAUUAUGCGUCCAACACCAAUACAAAUGCAAGGCAUUCCAUCUGUUUUAUCUGGUCGAGAUUUAAUUGGUAUUGCCUAUACUGGAAGUGGAAAAACACUAGUUUUUGCUAUACCCAUCAUCAUGUUUUGUCUCGAACAAGAAAAAGCCAUGCCAUUCACGCGUAAUGAAGGACCCUAUGGACUUAUAAUUUGUCCGUCGCGUGAAUUGGCCAAACAAACUGAAGCAGUCAUAUCAAAUAUCUGUAAACAUGCGCAUCAGUGUGGAUUACCAUUAUUAAGAACAGCAGCUUGUAUAGGUGGUACACCAAUGACUGAUCAGUUAGCUACAAUAAAAAGUGGUGUACAUAUCGUUGUUGCAACACCUGGACGUUUGAUAAGCAUGUUGGACAAGAAAAUUCUCUUUUUGGAUGUUUGUCGAUAUUUAUGUAUGGAUGAAGCUGAUCGAAUGAUUGAUCUUGGUUUUGAAGAAGAAGUUCGAAAUAUAAUGUCCCAUUUUAAAGCACAACGACAAACGUUAUUGUUUUCAGCAACCAUGCCGAAAAAGAUUCAAAAUUUUGCUAAAAGUGCAUUAGUGAAACCGAUCACGAUUAAUGUCGGUCGUGCAGGCGCAGCAAGCUUGGAAGUUAAACAAGAGCUCGAGUACGUGGCACCUGAAGCAAGAGUCAUAGCUUUACUAGCAGCAUUACAAAAAACUGCACCACCGGUUUUGGUUUUUGCUCAACGAAAGCAAGAUGUCGAUGCUAUUCAUGAAUAUUUGUUAUUGAAAGGUGUCGAAGCUGUUGCAAUUCAUGGUGGAAAAGAUCAAGUUGAACGAUCAUAUGCAGUGGACAAGUUUAAUAAAGGUGAAAAAGACGUUCUCUGUGCAACUGAUGUUGCGUCGAAAGGUUUAGACUUUCCGGACGUUCAACAUGUAAUCAAUUACGAUUUACCUGAAGACACUGAAAACUAUGUUCAUCGAAUUGGGCGAACAGGUCGUUGUGGACGUAUCGGUCUCGCUACGACUNUGACCAUUUUGACAUCAAUGUAUUUUAUCUAUACACUAAUUAAGACAAAUACGUACACAUUUGAUUAUGACCAUAAGGUUCAUCAUCACACCUUGACGAUCAAAGACAUAUUUCAUUCUUUUCUUGUCCUCUAUUUAGAUUUAUCUGAUGAAAGUAGUGACAGCAAGAUUGGUAUGAGAGAUGAUCCAAAUGAAAAUGACGAGUCUGUAGAGAAACGUUUGAAAUUAAAACGAAAAUUACAACGGAAUCGAACAUCAUUCACUCAAGAACAAAUCGACGCAUUGGAACAAGCUUUCAAUAGUACACAUUAUCCAGAUGUUUAUGCACGAGAAAAACUUGCAUUGAAAAUAAGUUUACCCGAAGCUCGAAUUCAAGUAUGGUUUUCUAAUCGUCGAGCAAAAUAUCGCCGAGAAGAUAAAGUCAAAGGCCGUCGACAACAUCAACAACAAAUGAUGAAUGACAUGGGUGAAAAUAUGCGCCCAUUAGGUUCAACACCGCCGCCAUUACCACCUCCACCAUCCACUUCUUCCUCUGGUUUACUGUAUCCUCAAGUAUUUCCCUCGAAUAAUCCUUCCAUGCCGAAUGAUGCACACCCUCAAUCUCACCAAUACGGAACAUUUGGUUCUGGCUUCGGUGCUGCUAUGGCAUGCAGUUCAAGUGGUUACCCAACGUUUUUUCCCACUUCAACACGUGGUUACGAUGGACUUAGUCCAUUUAGCACACCUUAUAAUCGUUCUUGUCCAACUUAUCCGUCAGGCAUUCAAACAAAUCUCUCUCCAGAUCAUAUGAAAAAUAUGUCAGCGUAUGGCGGUGCUCCACAUCUUUGGUAUUCACCGAUAUUGCCGUGA